CCGGCGUAAAGUGAAAGAGGGUGUGUGUUGAGGAACAACAAGAUAAAAACAUGAAAUAACUUCAGUUGAUGCUAAAACACCGGGCAAGAUGCUGAAAGGAGUUUUUAUCUGUUUUUUAAUGAUACAGCUUGUCUUUCUUACCGAAGGAAAGAUAAAGGAAAUGAAGCAAGGAUCCUGUACUGAGACCUGUUUACAGGAUAUCUACGAUUCGGUCACAUUUAACAGGGAUAAGGUUGGAAAUUUUCUGAGACAGAAGGCUAGACUUGAAAAUUUCCUGAAAGUUCAAUCCAAAAAGCUGGAUAAAAAGGACGAUUAUGCUGUUUUUGCUGAUGAGUUGGCUGCAGGAUUAGGUGGAAACUCGACUAGUUUUAUCUGCGGAGUGAAGAACCAGGGAACCCAGCUCAAUAAUGCUACAGAAACAUAUAAAUUUCUUCAAUCUUGCAGUUCAUCUAUUGUUGCUUCAUGCACUAAGGAUACAACAAUGAUCAGUCCCGAGAUAGAAGCCGAGCUAGCUGCGUGUGAAACUAAAAUGUUAGAAUUCCAAGCUAAAGUUGAAGGUAAAUAUGGAUAG